AUGACUUUUUCCAAAAGAAUAUUGAUUCAAUGGCUUCCCGAGCCAGCAUCCGAGCCUACUAGCACGUAUGUUCUCCAUACACCUGGAGACCAUUUCGUGGACAUUCGUAUACUAGAAACCCAUUACCCUUACCCAAAGAGUGAAGAUAAAUUUAAUGAAGUAUUCGAUUGGGUGCUGUCCGGUAAGGAACAGGCAUUUGAAGGAACAAAUCAAAUUCAAUUCAACCUCGAAAUUGAUUCAAUGGAAAUUGGGGAAGCUAUAGAAACUGGUAAACCAUUAGAAGAAUGUCGUCAUAAGCCAGAUCUGGGGUUUUUCCAUGCCAUCCCGGACAGUGAAGACCGUAAGGAAACUGGAUGUAUGACUAACCCAGCCACCGGAGUUCCACAAGAUUAUAUCGAAAUCUGGAGAUCACUCGAUGCGGAAGAACACUCCCCUUCAAAAGAAGUCCGUGAAUCAACAAGUGGCACCAAACCAUCCAGAAUAAACACAUUAACAAUUGACCUGGAACUGUAUGAAGGUAAAUUGGUUUUAGUAGGAAAUUGGGCUCAAGGUAUGUUACAUGAGAAGAAAACUCAUAAUAUUCAUGUGGUACGCGCUUGGUUUGAUGGUCAAAAAUGGGAAAAACUUAUUGAUUAUGGUCAUGAUCUUUUCCCGUUGGACUUUAAAGGUAAGAAGGAUGAUAUAAUUUCAAAAGAAAGUUUGACCUGGGUGUGCAUUGAAUAG